GCGCGCUAGCGCGAGAGAGCGAGUGAGCAAGCGAGCAGAAAAGAGGUGGAGGGGGGGGGAAUAAGAAAGAGAGAGGAGGAAAGGAGAGAAGGCAGGAAGAAGGCAAGGAAGGAUACAACCAUGCUGUGCUGUAUGAGAAGAACCAAACAGGUUGAAAAAAAUGAUGAGGACCAAAAGAUCGAACAAGAUGGCGUCAAACCGGAAGAUAAAGCUCAUAAGGCCGCGACCAAAAUUCAGGCGAGCUUCCGCGGACACAUAACACGGAAAAAGCUCAAAGGAGAGAAGAAGGGGGACGCCCGCGCUGCGGAGGCCCAGGCCGGCGAGAAGAAGGACGAAGCCCCCGCGGCCGACGGGGGAGAGAAGAAGGACGGAGAAGGCGCCGCUCCCCGCGAGGCGGCCCCGGCCCCCGGCGCCGCCAAGCCUGAGGAGAGCGGCCUGGCAGGAGAAGCCCCUUCCGAGGAGAAGAAAGGCGACGGCGCCCCUGACGCUGCCCCGGGCCAGGCGGCGCCCCCGGCUGCCGCCCCCUCCGAGGAGAAGGCCGGCUCUGCGGGGACAGAGAGCGCCGCCAAAGCUCCCGCCGAGAACUCGCCGUCCUCCAAGGCCGACGACGCCCCCGCCGAGGAGGAGCCUAAACAAGCCGACGUGCCUGCCGCUGUCACUGCUGCUGCCGCCACGCCCCCUGCUGCGGAGGACGCUGCUGCCAAGGCAACGGCCCAGCCUCCGACGGAGACCGCCGAGAGCGGCCGAGCCGAAGCGCAGAUAGAAGCUGUAGAUGAAACCAAACCUAAGGAAAGUGCCCGGCAGGAUGAGGGUAAAGAAGAAGAUCGCGAGGCUGACCAAGAACAUGCCUGAACUCUAAGAAAUGGCUUUCCAUGGCCCCACCUCCCCUCUCCUGAACCCUGUCUCUCCCACCCUAUUCUCAACUCCACUCUGAAGCUUCCCUUCCUGUCCUGCUCACGUCUGUGAGUCUGUCUUCUCUCCCCCCACCCCCCACUAAGCCCUCUUUCUCUCUGUGUGGCAAACAUUUUAAAAAAAAAAGCAGGAAAGAUCCCAAGUCAAACAGUGUGGCUUAAACAUUUUUUGUUUCUUGGUGUUGUUAUGGCGAGUUUUUGGUAAUGAUGAUCCAAUCAUUUUGGGAAAUUCUUGCACUGUAUCCAAGUUUUCUGAGCUGGUGCGUGUGGCCCUGUGGGAGUCCACCUUCCUCUCUCUCUGUUCCAAGUGUGUGUGCAAUGUUCCGUUCACCUGAGGAGUCCAAAAUAUCGAGUGAAUUAAAAAUCAUUUUUGUUUUCCUCCUUUUCAAUGUGAUGGAAUGAACAAAAAAGAAAAAAUCCAAAAACCCAGUUUGUUUUAAAAAUAAAUAAACAAAUAAAUAAAUAAAAUAAAUAAUAAAUAAAUAAAUAAAGCAAAUGUGCCAAUUAGCGUAACUUGCGGCUCUAAGGCUCCUUUUUCAACCUGAAUAUUAAUAAAUCAUGAGAGUAAUCAAA